CUUCUUCUUCUUCUUCUUCUUCUUCUUGACUUUCAUGUCAGUGUCGGACACGCAUUACGCUGCGCUCGAGCGUGGCUUUGAUGUCCUGCAUGAGCUGCUUGAGCUCCGUAUCGAUCUCCUCGAGCGCCAAGUCCACGGCGUUGCCGAGCUCCUCCUGCAGCCGCUCCUCCCUGCGACCGCGUCCGUCGCCUCGCUGGUGGCUGCCUCCAUUGAUGCUUCGUCCUCUGUCUCUGUCUCUGGCGAUCAUCCUGCUCCUCCUGCUCCUGCUGCUGCUGCGUCCUUCUUGCCCGCCAUCCGAUUGCACUCGCGCCAAUGCCGCAUCCUCCGUGCCAGCGUCGCCGAUCGCCGCGGCGUCUUCCAGCCAGCGCAACAUGAAUGGUUUGAUCCGCGCCUCAACAUUGCCAACGACCCCGACGUCGCCUUCCUAGACACGCAUUGCCUGUUUUCAGAUUACCGAACGGCGUGCAGCAAGGGCGACGAGGGCGAGUUGACAGUAUUCUUGCCGGCGGGCACCAUUCUUGUCAACCGCAUUCCUGUUCAACCCGCCCAGAGCGCAGGGGCUGGAGCAGCUGCCGAUCCGAACGAGGAUGGCACCACAGCUUCGGCCAUGGAAGUGGACCAAUCCGAGGCACAGACCGCGGCGGCUCCUUUACCUCUAUCAGAUGAUUCGUUCGUACCAUCCGAUCACUACACUGUCGUGCCGUUCCGAGUGCGCAUCGAGUACGAACUGGUGCAACCUGUGGGCGGCUUGCAUUUUGUCCUUCCCGACCCGACUCGCGGCGCCUUUGCGGAUCGACAGCCGCACAUGUUUAGCGAAGGCGAGCAACAUGGAUCCGCGAGACUAUGGAUGCCGUGUGUCGAUACCUUGACAGACAGAUGCAAGUGGGACAUUCACGUCAUUGUCAACCCAGGCUUGAGCGCUGUAUGCUCUGGAGACUUGUUAAGCCAGCAGCAAGUCGCCCCCGGCAACCGCGACGAAGGCUGGCGCUACUUUCACUAUGCCUUGAAUGUGCCGACCGUCGCUGGAGCAAUCGGCAUCGCCGUGGGACCUUUUGAUAUCUGGGGUGACCCGCACGCAAACCGAGUGACCCACUUUGCGCUGGUCGGUCUCCUGCCCGAGCUCAUCCAAAGCACCCAGAUGACGGGCUCGUCUGUUGAGUUCUUUGAGCUCUACUUUGGCAUGCCCUCUCCCUUUGGCUCCUACCACCAGGUCUUUGUGGAAGAGUGUUUUGACGAUGUCUUGCGCUUUGCUGGCAUGUCCAUCUUCUCGUCGCGGUUGCUACACUGCGAGCGCGUCAUUGAUCAGCCUGUCGAGACGCGAUGCGCUCAGGCCUACGCACUGGCAUCCCAGUGGAUUGGCUUCGGCAUCACGAUGGAGCGUGGCAGCGAUGAGUGGCUUGUUGAGGGCCUUGCGCGGUACAUUUCGGGCUUGUUCCGAAGACAAAUGUUUGGCAACAACGAGUACCGAUGGUGGAUUGAGCAAGAAAUGGAGCGCGUGGCACAGGCGGAUGUCAAUUUGCCACCCCUGUGCUCGGAUGGCCUGGAUGUCAACGACCCGGCCUUGGCGCGCUUUGGCGAAUUGCGGCGCCGCAAAGCCAAUCUUGUUCUCCGCUUGGUCGAAGGCCGCAUUGGCAUUGAAAUGGUCCAGCGUGUCGUUCACACGGUUUUCACGCGCCUCAAGCAGGCGACCGCCGGGAGCGCAGCGCAAGCCAGCGCCAAUCGCCCCAAAGACAAGGACGACGACGACGACGACGAUGCGGACAACAGCCACCGCAAGUCUUCUCGAGGCCAUGCCAGCUUGACGCACACUGGCACGCACGGCGCCGUGCUCUCGACCAAGGAAUUCUUCAAGGUGGUCAAAAAGGUCUCUGGCCACGAGCUCAAACUGUUUGCCGAGCAGCUCGUGUACGAGUCGGGCUCGGCCCUGCUUGAAAUCUCUAUGCUCUUCAACAAGCGUCGCAAUGCCAUCGAGGUCGAGUGCCGGCAGCACGUCUGCACGCGUCGCCACCCCUACGGCGAGCAACUCACGUCGAGUGCGCGAGCAUCCAACGCCAUGGGCCAAUCACUCUCGAGCGACGUGCUGCAGGAGGCCAUGGCUGACCACAUAAGUCCCGAGGAUCUUGAUCCCGACGUCGCCAACAACCCAUUUGCCAUGCAGCAACGUGCCAAAGACGCGGCGGCCGCUCGGCUAAACACUUUUGGUCACGCGCGCUCCACCGUCACGAGCGCCACAAUGGCCUACUACCCUGGCACGUUUGCCGCGCAGUUUUCCAACCAUCUGCCAAGCACCAUGAGCCUGGAAGAAGUCCAGCAACACAGCAUCAUGCUCAACGAACGCCAUGGCUCGGGCCACAACUCGAGCACCCACACAGCAUCAGCCCUGACCGUCGCCCUGUCCAACUCGGGCAGGGGCCUGAUCAAGACGGGCGCCAUCAACUUUCAUCUUCACGAGUUUGAUGGUGCCUUUGACCACCAAAUGCGCAUCGAGGCCGAGCAGCAGACCAUGGAGCUGCCCUUGGUCACCAAGGCAGGUCGCGCUCGUGCGAAAAAGAAGCGUUACGUGCUCGAAACGGGCGAGGACAUUGAGCUCGAUCUGAUCGCGGUCGAGCGUGACAUUAAUGUGCAGCACGAGGCCAUCAAGAAGCUCGCCGACCGGCCAUCGCUCGCGACGUGGACGACGUUGGUCAAGGUUUUGCACAACGAGCGCGUGUUUCAUCGGCUACGGCUGGCCGCCGUGUUUGCGCUUGCGUCCAUGGCGUCGCUCGAUCCGAAUUUGAAUGGCAUCCGCUACCUCAUGGACGAGUUCCGAAAGCGCUUUUGCAUCACGAGCCACCAGCGCGACAAGGAAACACAGCACGCGUUCGCCUACUUGAAUGUCAAGGCCCCGCCUUCGCCCCCGCCACCGACUGCUGCAGUGCCAAACCCGCCAGUGGUCUCGGCCUUCACCGACUAUCUCGUCGAGCCCAACGACUUUACCAAUUUUGCCAACUACCACCUGAAAAAGGCCUUUGUGCGCGCGCUGGGCACCAUUCGGCUGCGGCGCCCAGGUCUGCGCAAUCCCCCGUGCCCGUGGGGCGUGGUGCGCUUUUUGCUCGACGUGCUCGAGAUGAAUGACAACUCGGUCAACCCGUACACGGACGCGCAUUACAUUGCCGCCAUCAUUGACGGACUGGCCGAAACGGUCACGGACGACUACGACCUCAAACCCACCGACACGCUCCCCUUCCCGUACGAGCAUCCCAUCCACGUGAUUCUGGCCGAGUUUACGCGGUUGCUCUCGCUCGAAAAGCUCAAUCCUUCGUAUCGGCAUGUCGUGGCCGUCAGCUGCUUGAACGGCAUGUCCCUCAUUCAGGCACGGGGCGUUCUGACCAUUGAUAUCGGCGUCUUUUCCAGUCAUGCGCGGUAUGGCCAUUUCACCGACGUGCGACUCGCUGCCAUGCGCGGAUUAUGGGCAAUGACGCUAGUGUCGCCGUUGGCAUCCGCGGCGACCAUCGCCACGGCGCAGCGCGCCAUCCACAAGCUCCUCAAGCUGGCUGAACGGGAUCCGGAACCCAUGGUGCGCUGCCAUGCCGUGCUGCUGCUGCUCGAGCGCCCGCCACCCGUCACCAUCAUCACCCACGACAUGAUGACGCGCGUCUGGGAGCUCGCCACUGCGUCCAACGCUGUCUAUUUCAAGCGAUUGCGGCAUUUGGCGUUUGUGCUGCACGUCACGCUGGUUCAGUCGAUGGUACGCGCACACAAAAUCCGGUUUGAUCCCGACGCGCCGCGGGCAACGCGCAAGAUUGUCAUUCGUCGUGUCAAGGCUCCAGCAGUGCCUGGCGUACCACCAUCGGCAGGCUCUGCUGCUGCGCCGUCGGACCUCGACCACGGUGUGAGCGCCCCACCAGCCAGUAUGUCGUUUGUUGUCUCGACUGCGCAGCCAUCUGUCGCCAAAUCCGAGCCGGCAGUAGCGGUGCUCUCGAAUGGCCAUCAUCAUCAUCAUAACUAUCACUCGACAAACGUUGUUGGCGUUGACAGCGACGCGCAAGCCAUGUCGAUUGAUGAGGAGGAUGCCGAGGACGAGGCACACGGCGACGGCGCUGACAUUGAUGUCGAGACCACACACCCUGCUGCCUUCCAUGACGCAGACAGCGAGGAACACGACGGCAAUCCAUUGCAGCGUCAGAACUACGGGUCGAAUGGCCUGGAUCAACAUGAGGAGGCACCCAUUGAUAUUGAUGGCGAUCUGCUUCAUCCGGCAGAGAUGGACCACGAGGGUGGAACGCACGCUGGUGCGAGUAGUAGCAGCAGCAGUGGCUUUGUUGUGUCGUCGGCUCCUGUUGGUGCUGGAUCGACCUUUUCAGUCAAGCACAGCACCGACGCGACGACGGCAGGCGAGGCUCCAGUCCAGCACGAAGCCGAGUCGUUGAACGAGAACGUGUCUGUUGCUGCAGGUGACGAGGGUGCUUCUUCUUCGUUUGCUCCGGACAACGAGGUUGCACCGUUGGUCGACGAAAGUGCGCCAUUGGAACAAGUCAACGCACAGGCGGAUGCGCCAGAUGCCUCGCUUGCUCCAGUCGACAAGGUUGAUUCAUUUGCAUCUGUCGAUCCACAAGCGACCGCCAUGUCUGACGCGAUGUGAAGGGAUGUGAGCGUUCGGUGUUGUUUGUCUGUUCUUUGUUGCUGACAGUUUUUGGUGAUUUCUUUUUUUCGUUGUAUUUUAGCUUUGCCAAUGCACAUGUUGUUGGUAUUUGAGUUGAUUCUUUAUUGC